AGGCGGCGCUUUAUUCGGUAAUGAUACCACAUGCAAGACAAGUUUCGGUGACAUCAGUUUCGUUUCUGACUAAGUUGGUAAUGUUUUAUUUUAAUCCAUAUGCUUCUCUCUUGAAGUAAAUAAAGAAAAUUAAAGGCAAAAUGUCCGACUCCAGUGAACCUAGUUUGCAGAAGAAUGACUACGAAGAAAAUAAAGCAAGGGACCGAAAUCAUUAUGGCGUUGCUUCUGUAAAAUCAAAUUUCAUCAUUCAGGAUCAUGCCAGAGAAGUAAAUCUAGAAUUUGUGUCAAAAGCUGACAAACGUAAAAUAGAAGACAACAAUGAAUCUGAAGACCCACCAAAAAAAAAGUUGAAAGGACGGAACAAACAGAGACGACAAAAGGCAAGAAUUCCUAAAGAUGAAAAGUUGUGUUUAAAAUUUCUGUCUGAAAACAGUUGUCCGUACGGAACCUCGUGUUGUUUCAGUCAUAACAUUGACUCUUUUCUUGCUCAUAAGCCUCCAGAUCUUGGUACAAAUUGCUACAUUUUUGAAACAUUUGGCAAAUGUCCGUACAGCUUUACCUGUAGGUUUUCUUCACAGCAUCUAUCAACUGACAAUAAAAACAUCAUCAAUCAUGAACUUUAUAGCAAGAUGAAGGAUAAAGUUUUAACAGUGAAUGCUUUGCCUAAAAACCUGCAGGUCAAAUUGCGAAAAAAGGAAUAUGAUUUCUCUAAAUCAGCAAAAGUACUGAAACUUAUAGCUAAUAAAGUAUACAGAAAUAUAACAAAGUCUGAGAGCACCAAAAAAAGUACAUUUAAUGAUGCCAAAACAAUAGAUCUUAACACAAAAGAACAUUCCGAAGAGCCUGUUAUAUUCAAACGUGACACUAUUCCAACACCAGAACAAACGAGUGAUGUGGUAAAGGAGGAACCAAAAUAUAAACGUGAUGAUAUGAAGAAAGAAAAUGAAAUAUGUGAUUCUGAGAAAGAUAAUUUGAAAGCUUCAGUUGAACCUCAGUCAUCCAUUACAAACCUGAGUGUUAUUCCAAGAAACUGUGCCACCAUUGCCGAGGCUGUUGCAGAAAACAGUGAUGUAACAGCUGUAAAGGAUAGUUCCGUGACAUCAGUGGAAAACCCACCAUCGCUCCCUAGUAAAACGUUUGGGCCCAUUACGGACGAGGAAGUGAUUCGCGUGAAGUUGUGUGAGAAAAAAAAAGGUAUGUGAAAGAACGGCAUGAACUAA